UGAUUGCACCCGCGCAUGCGCGGUGCGCGCCGCCAAAUGGGUCGCGACACUCGCUCGCGCUCACGGUCUCCGGGUCGCCGAGGCCAAAGGCAGCGAAGUCGGAGCGAGAGCCGCAGCCGCAGCCGCAGCCGCAGCCGCAGCCGCAGCCGCAGCCGCAGCCGCAGCAGAAGCCAUGGGCGGAGAAGCCGACGGCGCCGGGAGGACGAAGGUCGGCGCAGGCGCAGACGGCGCGGUCGGGGGCGCCGGUCCGAAUCCGAUGAAGACAGGUGGCAGAGGUCCGGGAGGUGCAGCUGGAGCCCCCAGCCACCCCGAUGGCGCUCCCGGGAUCAGUCCUCGCAGUCUGACUCCGGGGAGGAGCGGGUUCGGGGCUCCUUGGGUGUCAGGAAUCGCCGGCACUCUUGGUCCCCAGGGUCAUCUUCAUCCAGCACCAGGUCUCCCAGGCGUUCCCGAAGCCCAGGGACGACAGCCCUGGCUCUGAGCCAGCAGCAGAACCUGCAGGAGCGGCUGCGGCUUAGAGAGGAGCGGAGGCAGCAGGAAGAGCUGCUCAAAGCCUUCGAGACCCCGGAGGAGAAGCGUGCACGGCGCCUAGCUAAGAAGGAAGCCAAGGAGCGCAAAAAGCGGGAGAAGAUGGGCUGGGGUGAGGAGUACAUGGGCUACACCAACACAGACAAUCCAUUCGGGGACAACAACCUUCUGGGUACUUUCAUCUGGAACAAGGCACUGGAGAAGAAGGGGAUCAGCCACCUUGAAGAGAAAGAGUUGAAGGAGCGCAACAAGAGGAUCCAGGAGGACAACCGCCUGGAGCUACAGAAGGUGAAGCAGCUCCGGUUGGAGCGGGAACGGGAGAAGGCAAUGCGGGAGCAAGAGCUGGAGCUGCUGCAGAGGGAGAAGGAGGCGGAGCAUUUCAAGACCUGGGAGGAGCAGGAGGACAACUUCCACCUGCAGCAGGCCAAGCUGCGCUCAAAGAUCCGAAUCCGAGAUGGGCGGGCCAAACCCAUAGACCUGCUGGCCAAGUACAUCAGUGCCGAGGAUGAUGACCUGGCUGUGGAGAUGCAUGAGCCCUACACCUUUCUCAAUGGCCUGACCGUGGCAGACAUGGAGGACCUGCUAGAGGACAUCCAGGUGUACAUGGAGCUGGAACAGGGCAAGAAUGUGGACUUCUGGCGGGACAUGACGACCAUCACAGAGGAUGAGAUCAAUAAGCUUCGAAAGCUCGAGGCCUCGGGCAAAGGCCCAGGCGAGCGCCGUGAGGGGGUCAAUGCGUCUGUCAGCUCGGACGUGCAGUCAGUGUUCAAGGGCAAGACAUUCAACCAGCUGCAGGUCAUCUUCCAGGGCAUCGAUGCCAAGAUCCGGGCAGGUGGCCCCAACCUGGACAUGGGCUACUGGGAGAGCCUGCUGCAGCAACUGCGCGCACAUAUGGCCCGGGCCAGGCUCCGUGAGCGCCACCAGGACGUACUUCGGCAGAAACUCUACAAGCUGAAGCAGGAGCAGGGCGGUGGGCACAGUACGGUGUCCACCACGCAGCAUCUUCACCCCUCGGUCCGACAUAGCCCUGAGCCUGAGGAGCCUGCGCCCAGCCCGGGGCCGUCUGCCGCCCCCGCGGAGCCCGAGGGGGACCCAGCUGGGGAGGAGGCGGAUGCCGAGGCCGUUCUGAUGGAGGAGGACCUGAUCCAGCAGAGCCUGGACGACUACGACGCCGGCCGCUACAGCCCGCGGCUGCUCACAGCGCAUGAACUGCCUCUGGACGCGCACGUGCUGGAGCCUCACGAGGACCUGCAGCGCCUGCAGCUGUCGCGCCAGCAGCUCCAGGUCACAGGGGACGCGAGCGAGAGCGCAGAGGACAUCUUCUUCCGGCGUGCACGUGAGGGCAUGGGGCAGGACGAGGCGCAGUUCAGCGUGGAGAUGCCGCUGGGCGGCCGUGCCUACCUGUGGGCUGACAAGUACCGGCCGCGCAAGCCACGCUUCUUCAACCGCGUGCACACGGGCUUCGAAUGGAACAAGUACAACCAGACGCACUAUGACUUCGACAACCCCCCGCCCAAGAUCGUGCAGGGCUACAAGUUCAACAUCUUCUACCCGGACCUCAUCCACAAGCGCGCCACGCCCGAGUACUUCCUGGAGGCCUGUGCUGACAACAGAGACUUCGCCAUCCUGCGCUUCCACGCGGGCCCGCCCUACGAGGACAUUGCCUUCAAGAUUGUCAGCCGGGAGUGGGAGUACUCGCACCGCCACGGCUUCCGCUGCCAGUUUGCCAACGGCAUCUUCCAGCUCUGGUUCCACUUCAAGCGCUAUCGCUACCGCCGCUGACCUGAGGGUUAUCCGCCUGCUGCGGAGUAGCCGCCGUCUAUGGGUUAUCUGUGCCAGGAACCGACUAGGACCAGCAGAGCACCCUCACUGCCAGUCAGGGUCUGGUGACCCACCCCUGCCCAUAUGGGGACAGUAACUUCGCUUCUGCCCCAUUUCUCAGGUGGCAGAUCCAGGGCUGCCUGCAGCCCAUGCUGUCACUGACUGAGCCCCACCCACAGGAGCACAGUGCUGCUUCCCUGCCCCUGGUCACCAGUGAGGGCCUUGGAGCUGGUUUUAUCUGGAAAGAAUUUCUAUUUUGUUCUCUGGAAAGACUUAGGUGGGGAAAAUAUCCAUCUAUUUUCACUGACUGUCUCCUGUCUCCCAUGAGACCCAAUGUCGUUUUGAUAAAUUGAAAAGAGUGAGCAUA